AUGGCAACUCUGAGGACGGCAAUUUCUGCUGGCGUCCUUCGAAGGACCGCCAUUCUCCGACCCGCAGUGGCCAAUCGACGGUUCCAAGGUUCUCUCUCACCAACGGAGCAGCCCGCAGCUCCUGGCCUCCGCCAAAACCAACCCGACUAUAGCAUUGAGGCUGACAAGGCGACAUCGACUUUCACCCCCGUGCCGAAGCGAGUUCAGGAUGGAAGCGAGGAGAGCGACAUCAUCCCGGCUGCCGUGGUCUCCGGAGCUCCGAUCGAGCUGCAAGCCAGGCAGGUGAGAAUCUACAAGGAAACUAAGCCGGCUACUCAAUCUGGCAACUGGAAAGGCCACCACUGGCGAAUGGAUUGGGAUAUCCUUCCCAAGGGCCACCGAUGGGAAAAUCCUCUUAUGGGAUGGCAGUCGUCGGGCGACAUGAUGCAGGGAACCAGGAUCUUUUUCGAAUCCAAGGAGGAUGCGAUCCGGUUCGCUGAGAAGCAAGGCUACGAAUACUACGUGCAGGAGCCGAACACCCGUGCCUUUAAGCCAAAGUCAUACGCCAACAACUUCACCUACUCGGCAGGAAAGCUCAAGAUGGCCCGCACGAAAUAA